CGAGAAAUUCAUUCAGUGUGUUUGUGUGCUUCGUGCGGUGCGGUUCUCGUUCUCGUCUUUUCCUCCGAGUAAUUUUGCGCUAAUUUUUGUCAACAAUCAACCCAAAUAGAUACCACAGCAAUCAAAAGAGAAGGAAAACAAAAAGAAAAAGGAAACGAAGUAUACACACUUCCUUUUCCCCCAAAUAAUAACACACAAUAUAUAACCAUUAAGCGUUAUAUAAUAUUAAAGAAAUAAGUUAAACAAAAACCAACAAACAAGUUCAACAUUAACAAAAUGUCUGCAGCGACAGAACAACAGAAUAACGGUGAUGUUGCCGUCGAGAAGGUUUCCGCUGCCAGCGAUGAUGUUGCAGCAGUGAAGGAGGAUCUCAAAUCGAAAGCCGCGGCCGAGGAUAAGGCAGCAGCGGCCGAUGCUGCCGGUGGUGAUGCGGCUGCCGAUAAUGGCACGGCAAAGGAUGGCGAGGAUAAAGCUGACGCUAGUGCUGCCGCCGCCCCCGCUAAGGAAACAGUGAAAGGCACAAAACGGCCGUCCGAUGCUAAAUCCCCCGAAUCAAAGAAAGCCAAGAAGGCAGCCGAUGGCGGCGAUUCCGAUGAUGAAGAGGAUAUAGAGGAAAUCAUUGAGGGUGACAGUGACAUUGAAAGUGACGAAUACGAUAUACCCUAUGAUGGUGAGGAGGAUGAUAUUGAAUGUGAUGAUGACGAUGAUGAUAAUGACGAUGGUUCCGGCUCGGACGAUCAGGCGUAAUAAUAAUGUAGUCAAAGAUACAA